CGGGUUUGCUGGCCUUUUUUGACACUUGAAAGCAAAGAAAUCAUCUAGUUGCCGCACUUACAGUUACAGCUACACAGCGUUGUUCCUCUGGGUUGAUUUAUGAUUUGUAUAUUCAGAAACGAUUGAUGGAUAACAAAAGAAAAAUUACUGCUGAAGAAGUGUUAACCAAAAUCAAAGACGACGGCGAUUUCGAUAGGCUUCGCCUCAAGAUUGUACGCAAACUCAAAGACGAUGUAAGCCCUUUUGUUUUAAGCUGCCCAGAUGCUUAAAUCUGUUUCUAUUUAGAGAUAAAGUUGCUAUCUUUGAUUCGUUUUUCUCAGUUCAGGCAAUGUGUUUGAUAUCUGAUUUUGAUGGUUAAGAAUCAUUGUGCUGGAAUUGGUGUAUUUAUGUGGUUUUUAAUUUAAACUAAGGGAAUGUAGAUUACAAGUAUUUUGGUGAUGGGGAUUAGUUAUUGUUGUUGAAGGACUGAACUAGUAGCAUGAUAGGUCCUACUUUGUGAUGAUUAUGUUUAAAACUUACUAAAGAACUAUGGCUAAGUUUGAUAAUGUACCUAGUUACGUUAAAUUAGGGAUACUUUAUCCUGGUUGAACAUUUGGGGGUUUACAAGGAGUGGUUGUUUAGAUAGAGGAACUGGUUCUAUUGAAGUUCCCUGAACCAAGAAACUAAAACUUUGCCUCCCCAGUUGGAAUUUACCAGCUGAGAAAUACCUUGUAUCAGAGAGAAGACUGUAAUGGCUGACGGUUACAAGACUGCACAGGUUAGGAGAGGAUCAUGGCAUAAAGGGGUUAUGACGCAGAAUCAUUUCUUUUUUCCUAGUCCAAUUGGUAUGAAAAGUCAUCUUGGUUUCAUUGGCAUUAUUAGGAACUGCAUUUGAAGUUCUUUUGUUAAGGGCUUUCAGUGUACUGGAUUUAUUAUCAUCUGAAGAACUGGCGUUAGCUUUCUUUUGUUUUUGUCUUUCAAGAGAGUGAAAACAAAUACGACCUCUUUACUUAUUGGAAUGACCUGUCGUGUAAGAAUAUAUGUACUUUAUGAUUGAUGAUUUGGGAAAAAAAGACACUUGAUAGAACAGCCAUUCAUGAUAUGUCCGAGAAAAUUAUCUUUCGUUCCCUUUCUUACACAUGGAAACUGCAUCUAAUAUUUACUUAAAUUGGCUAAUCAUUUGUAGGGAGAACUCCGAAAUAGCAUCAUAUCAAUGGUUAAACAAUCAGCUGCACUUAACCGUCUGGGUGCUGAAAGUAUGAAACCUCGGCAACUAUCUGAUGCCAUACAUAAAGAGAUCGGGAGCAAAGUCAUGAACCAAAUAUCUGAUGGUAUCUGGACAGUACUUAGAUCCGGUGAUCAGAUGACUGGCGAAAUAACAGAAACUGUACAGACAGUAUAUAGCAAGUUAUUGAACCCAAAGAUGAAUGAAAUUGGUGGAUCAUCAUCUGGCUCUGUUCUUACCCCUGUUCACGAGGGACAUCAUAAUCAAUCUGUUGCUACUUCUCACAAUGAAAUUCAUGUCAACCAGUUCGAGGGGGAAACAAAUGAACCGCCAGGGUUCAGCCGGAAUGAUCGAAAUUAUAGCAACGAAAACAACAGUGUUGAUCACAUUGAAGAGAGGGAAAGGAUGGCGAGGCCGUGCAAUGGUGAAGUACCAGUUGAAAGGGAAAAGACGACCUCCUCAACUGAUGCAUUGGAGUCCAGUCAGGCACUUCCGCAUGUUCCUGAAGCCGUGGAGGCCAUGGAAUCAGAGGAUAAUGAUGAUGAUGACCCUGAUGUGCCUCCAGGAUUUGGUUAAUGAGCUGUCACAAUUUGACUAGUUUCUGCGUGAAACCUAUCUAAAACUUCCAUGGAACAUGGCAGGUUGUUCGUUUGUUUUGCAAAUAUUAUUUAGCUACUAAUGUAUAUUUUGAAGAGUUGAGGCAAGAAGUUAGGAAGCAAUUAUGCUAGGCUUUUUUCUGCUAGGAUAGCAUAGGCUAUCGUGUGGCUAUUGAUGGCGUUCAACUUCUGUAGAGAUUGUUUGGAGCUUAGGGCUAUACUAGAUCCAUAAAUGAUGGAACUAACUUUAGUAAUCUCCACUGGAUGUUUACUGUAACCUUUAAGCUGUGCAUACAGUUUUCUUUCUUAAUGGUUAAAGAAAUACCAUUGCUUUAUCUGAAGA